AUGGACGAGGAAGGGCCGCCGGCCACCCUGCACAUGAGCGCCGUCGAGGAGCCCGAGACGGUCAACGACAAGCGCUUCCUGUUCAGCGAGCUGGGCGCCUCGCGGCCCGUCUGGGUGGUGGCCGGUUACCAGGUGCCCAAGCUGCCGGUGCUGGCGGGUGGCUGCGCGCUGCUGGCCCUGCUGUGCGUGUUGCUGGGCGGCUGGUGCGGUGCGCUGCACGGUCGCGCUGCGCCGCCGCCGCCGCCGGCAGAGUGCGAGACGGCCGGGUGUCUGCGCCAGGCGGCUGAGAUCGCCAGCUACCUCAACAGCUCGUCGCCGCCCUGUCAGAACUUCUACGAGUUCGCGUGCGGCAGAUUCGACGACGUGCACCCGCUCGGUACGGAGAUCAGCUACGGCGUCGUGGACGUGCUGGAGAGCCUCAACAAAGUGCGCGUGGAGGAGCUACUGGAGCGGACGCAGUUUCAUAACGACUACUCCGCCGUCAGCAAGGCCAAGACAUUCUACAGCACAUGCAUGGCAUCUUUCCACGGCAACAGCAGCUCCCAACGCCUCCAGGACCUCAUCAACUCAGUCGGGGGCCUUGAUCUCCUGGACACGUUCGACCCCGACGAAUGGAGCUUCCCCGACGUGUUCCUCAGGACGCGCGAGAACAACCGGCUGCGCUUGUUCUUCUCCAUCACGUGGCUUCAGUCUCUGAACCGCGUGAUGGUCUCGCUGCCGCGACUCGGGCUCCGAAACCCACGUGUCUACACAGACGACUCGCCCAAAGGUAAGACGAAGCGCGACGUCUACCGCCAGGCGAUCGUGGCCGUGCUGGCGCUGGUGCAGGCCGACCUGCCGGCCGAGCGGACGCUGAACCGCAGCUGCGGCGACGACUGUGCCGGCGCGCUCGCCGACGACGUCAUCUACAUGGAGACCGAGAUCGCGAAGGUGAUGCCGAAGAGCGGCGACCUCUUGCCGGCGCCGGCCAACAUCAUGUCGCUGGAGGACAUGAGCCAGCUGGCGUCGCAGUUCCAGUGGCGGCGCCUGCUGGACACGCUGUUCGGCACCGGGGUGAUCGCCGCCGCGUCCAGCGUACAGAUACCCAGCAAGGAGUACAUGUCCAACAUCAACAGCCUGAUCAAGACAAGCAACACCACCGUGCUCAACAACUACUUCCAGUGGAACCUGAUCCGACAGUAUCUGCCGGCCAUGGGACCGCUGUACGCCAUCUUGGCGGAGGAGAUGAACUUCAUCACGCAGGGCAAGGCCACCAAGGCGCGCCAAGAGGUCUGCUUCGAUUUGAUGCGCAACUACUUCCCCCGAGCGCUGCGGGCGCUCUUCAUCCGCGGGCACAUCGGCGAGAACAACGUGGCGGCGGCGCAGCGACUGGUGACGCGCGUCAAGAGGCAGCUGGCCACCAGCUUCGGCUGGAUGACGCAGAAGGCGCGCGACACCUCUAUCACCGUGCUGCGGAACUUGCAGGUCAACUACGGCCAUUCGGCCUGGGUCACCGACCCGCGCCGUCUCAACGAGUACUACGGCAGUCUCACGCUGAACAAGGCCGACUUCUUCACCAACAUGCUGAACGUCGACCGCUUCAAGGCGUCUGAGCUGAAGACGAACGCGGCGCGGCUGGUCAACGACGACGCGAGCGACGACGACGUGUGGGUGGAGGGCGACACGGCUGACGUCAGGGUCACGUACAACCCCGUGCGGGGUCGGCUGCGCGUGCCGGCCGGUGGCCUGCAGGUGCCGCUCUUCAGCCACGAGAACCCCGACUACUGUCAACAGCCGCCACGCUGGGCUCGCUGGUGCUGGCCGAGCUGGCUGGCCCGUUCUUCCUGCGCCACCGCACCUACAGACGGCCCAGCUGGUGGGACGCCGAGACGUCAGCCAGCUAUCGACGCUACGGCUUGUGCCUGAUGGACAGCCUGGACGGCUACACGGUACAGGUGGAGCGAGGCUUCGAGUUCAAGUCGAACAAACAGAUCGGCGCCCA